AGUUCUCUCUUCUUGCUAUUUUAUUAGUUUAAGAUUGGAAUUGAGCAUACUAGUUUUACGUGAACCACAUUCAGUUCAGAGAGAGAGGAUUUUCUCUUUGCUUUUUCAGGGGUUGUAAUGGGUCCUUUAUUCGAGUGUUUGUUCAAUAAUUACUGUUUUAGGGCUUAGAUUGAGUUUGAAUGUUUCUUCGAGGGUUUUGAGGCUUAGGCUUUCUUGCCCUAUUUGUUGUUAAAUUACUCAUUGUUUCUUGUUUAUUUGUUAGAAACAUGAGCUCAGAAGAAUAUAUAAUUGGUGUUUAUUUUCCUUGUUGUUAUAUUUUUCUUCUUUCUUUUAGUUAACAAAUCCCUUAUGCUUUCUUAACAAAUCCCUUAUACUUUCUACUUUUGUUUCUGUUCUUUCAUUUCCAUGGUGUGCCUUUGUUUUUUUUUUCUCUAUUUGAGGUUUUUGGCGCUUUUCUGUUUUGUUUAUUCCUAUGACUAUUUCAACUUGAUUUUCUAGUAACUUGAACUAAUUAAUUUAGGUUCCAUUUAGUCGACAUUGCUUUAGAGGUUGUUUAUUCGUGGAUUCAAUUGAAUAAUUGACAAUUGCACCUUUCUAUCUCAGUUCUAUAAUUCAUUUUCUUUUUGUCCCUCGACUGGGGAUUAAAGGUCACAUAGACAUCAAAACUCGGAUUUUUCUCAUUGAUCUGCUAAAAAGAAGUAUCUAUUCUAUUUUUUUUGGUUUUUUUCCUUUUUUUUUUCUUUUCAUGUUCCACAGAAGUAUGAAACUCUUAAUCGAUCCAGAUUGCGAGGUGUUGAAAUUAGGGAAGAAGUAGAUUCUUAUUGUACCAAGCAUAUGCAUGCAAAGAUUAUGCUUAGGCAGGGAAGGAAAGCUCCCACUGUAGGUCUAUAUGGGGAGUAUAGGACUUUCAAUUCUCGAUUUGAGGAAAUCUGAACAUGUAAUGAUGCUGGAAAUGAAAAAGAAGGGUCUAAUUAGCGAAGAAGAUGCGUCUUUAUUGUUACAAAGGUACACUGCCACAACCAUACUUGCCUUGCUUCAGGAAGUUGCACAAUUUGCUGGUCCAAAGGUUGAUUGGAAUGUAUUGGUUAAGAAGACUUCUACUGGAAUUUCCAAUGCUAGGGAAUAUCAGAUGCUGUGGCGUCAUUUGGCCUAUCGAACAGCAUUGGCUGAAAAAUUGGAAGAUGAUGCUGAACCUAUGGAUGAUGAUAGUGAUUUGGAAUUUGAAGUGGAAGCCUCUCCCACUCCUAGCAAUGAGGCUUUGGCAGAGGCCACAGCUUGUGUAAAGGUGCUGAUUGCUUCAAGUGACCCUGGCCCCUCGAAUCGCACCAUCAUAGAAGCUCCAUUGACCAUAAAUGUUCCCAAUAAUGCCCAGACCCUUCCUGCGCAAUCUGAGAAUCGAAAUUCUUCUUGCACUGGACAGGGAACAAAUAUUACUGUUCCAGUUUCUGUUCAGAAACAACCUUUGCCUACAGUGACUUCAGCUGAAGGUUUGAAUUCCAAUGGGGUGGCAGGGCUACCAAGGAGGAAAAGGAAACCAUGGACCUCCGAAGAGGAUAAGGAACUCAUUGCUGCCGUUCAAAAGUGUGGUGAAGGGAAUUGGGCUAACAUUCUAAAAGGAGAUUUCAAGCAUGACAGAACGGCUUCACAGCUCUCUCAGAGAUGGUCAAUUAUCAAGAAGAAACAGGCCAAUUCUGAUUCAAAGGUGGGUGGUAGCUCAAACAGUUCGGCCCUUACUGAGGCACAGCAAGCAACCCGGCAGGCUGUUUCAAUUGCUCUCAAUAUGCCCAUCUCAUCGAAUACAUUGUCUUCGGGUGGUUCAGGGACUUUCUCAUCCAUAGUGAGGCCUCCAGCUCCACUGUUUUCCCAAGUACCACAGCAAGGCCCAGACCAAGCCCACCGGGGCCCCUCCAAGGCCAGACCACCUGCAAAGAAAGCGACACCAACCCAAGGCCAGGCCCAAAUGAAGCCCACGAAUGGGCCUAAUCCCUUAGUGCAAGCAGCUGCAGUCGCUGCUGGGGCCCGCAUCGCCCCAGCCUCAACAGUUGCCUCUCUUCUCAAAGCUGCCCAAUCAGGAAAUGUUGUUCACUUUGGUCCUCCCAAGCCCCUGGCUGGGCCCAGUGGGCCUGUGAAGCUUUCUGGUACAAGGCCUGCCAGUGGGAUAAACGGGACCACUAUGUUUACCGGGCCCAGGCCUGCCAAUGUCCACUAUAUCACUACGAGUGACAACCCUACACCACCUGUCUACACUGGCAUGACACCUACUUUUCAGAGGCCCAAUGGGUCUGGGAGGGGGAGAACCCAGACCCGGCCCAUGAAUGCAGAUAUGGGUCCUGUGGGCCUGGGCUCGGCCCGCAUGGUCAGCAUUGGUAGUAGCAGCACUAGUGGAGUAGGGGAAGGGGUGAAGGGUGAAGAGUGUGUGAAGGUGGGUUUGGCCGAGGAGCUAAAAGAAACACCCACAGAGAAAAACCAGUCAAUGAUUGAAAGUACAAGCAUGGAGAGCUCAGGCGAUUUAGAGAGAGACUUAACUAAAGAGCAAAUCCAGCCAGCGAUUCAGAAUGUGGGCAUGGGCAAUAACUCAGGCAUUGCAGAGAUUGAUUUGGCCAAAGAGAAAAGCACCUUAGCAAUCAAGGUUUUGGUUGCAGAAGAGAACUCGGGAAAUGUAGAGAGAGGCUCGGGCCAAGUGCAAAGCCAGCCAUUGAUUGAGAAUGCAGGCGAUACAGAGAGAGAAAAGCCAGACAUGGUGAUAGAGCAAAACCAGGUGGUUAAGAGAUUGAGGACAGAGAAGUCGGGAAGUGUAGAGAGUGGGAAAAUUGAUUGUGUGGACUCUGGAGGAUAAAGUUGAAGAGAGUUAAAGACCAUUUCAACCAACUAGAGAGUUUAAUAGAGAGAGAGAGAGCAUUUGGUUCUCUAACUAGAGAGAAAAAAUGCAGGUAACGAAGGAAGGAGUUUUCUUGAUGAAAUUAAAAGCUCAACUCGAGAAAACGCAUAUUCAGGACUUCUUGGUCGAGGCACGCUCUCUCCUUUCUCCGUCUCUAUUUUGUGAUGAGCUGUGGGACAUGAAGGCGCGUGAUUAUGAUUUAUGGAUCUUGUCGAGGCACUAAGGACACGGCAAUCACCAUGUGACUUUGUAGAAACUUAGAUACCUCUUAACAUUUUCUUUUGUUAAAAUCUAGUUAGAAAAGCGCUUGAAUGUCGCCUCAAAUUUUACCUCCUCUUUAUCUAAAUGAUAUAUGUAUUUCAAAGACUAA